CAGAACAGAUUACCUAGGGUAGUGUUUUACUUACUCUAUGCUUUAGUUUAAUGUUUGUUGUGGUUUGUUGCACCCCAACUUGUUUACAACUUUACAAGUAGAUAUCAUUGUUUAUAAAUUAAAACAAUAAUGUCCCGCACAUCACACUCACAAUUCGCACAAAUUGUAGAUUUUAUGGAAAGGAAUGGGGACUUAAGCACGCCUGGCAAUACCGCGCUCGGCCGGUUCACCGCUGCUACCAAGUGGGAAGAGCUCACAGACAUCCUCAACUCAGACGGCAGCGGCAUGCCCAAGAAAGUGGACAAGUGGAAAAAGGUGUGGAGUGACUAUAAAAACAACACAAAGAAGAAGGCUAAACGGAUCCAGCGCGCUACCUGUUGUCCAGAAGGCGGUCCAAAGCAUGUUGCACCACUGACGGACCUGGAGAAGCGAGUGUUGGUCCUGACCCACAAUGAGCUUCUACAAGUUAAUAUUGAGGAAACACCCAACCUAUCACUAGUGAUGCAAUGCUGCAUAACACUGAUCCAGUCUCACGGUUCUGUAGUGGAGCGAGUUAUAGAUGACCCAGCCUUCCAGAAGAUAUUGACACUCACUUCGCUCACAGCAGAGGAGCGGGGGCGAGUCACCUCCGAGGGAGUCAGGGGUAUGAUGGAAGGGGAGGAAGAGGACUGUGAAGAGACGGAUACAAGCGAAGUGCAGGAACAUGCAAAUGAGACUGAAACUCAAGAUCCUACUGCAAUAAAGGACGAGAUCGGCGUCAUUCACUGGCAGUGUUCGUGCGACGAGAUCUCGGGCCGCCACGACGACGCGUGCGCCGCCGCCGCCGUCGACUAUCUCCAACACUAUCGGAUAUCAUUGGACGAGGCGACGUGUGCAAUAUGCGACGAAACAUUCACUUGGAAGUCUGUGGCCACACUCAGGGAACAUCUGCAGAGAAAACACCCUGAUGUUACUGUCAUAGGAGACCAUGAUGAUGCCGAAAUACCGAAUGCUCCGCCGUCACCGCCAAGCAUUAAACUAAUAAAGGUCGACCCAUUGGACCAAAUCCCGCCAGCCAAUAAGAAACGCAAACUGAACCCCGCCGCAGACAACGAACCAAUCAUAAUACAGCACGACGUUUCCUCAUUGGACAGAUUCAAGAGUAUAGACCAUAAGCCAUAUGAAGAAUUCAAGAGUCUCGACCAGUUCGGCCUCUACGUAGCCUCGUUGCUGAAACUGCUGCCCAGGAAGAGGUGCAUCAAGUAUCAGAACCAGAUAGUGGACAGGCUGUUGAAGGACCUGGCGGCCGCCGCCUAGUCCAGGCUCUCUGGUUGUUGGCACAAGAUUCACUCUGUUACCUCAAACAAGUUUAAACCUUGUUUAAUGGGAAUUUGACACAGUAAAACACAGAUCAUGAUUUUUAUCAACAUCUGUAUGCAUGGUUUGGUAAUUUUAUUGAUUACUGAAGAAUUGAUUUCAGUGCAAGAUGAUCAUCAUCAAGAAGGCUAUCAAGAGUGCCAAUGUUUAUGUGAUAAAGGAACAAUAUCAUAGCAUUAGUUAUUGAACAGUAUGCAAAUGCCAAAUAAAAUUUAUGGUAUUAAAAA